CCGAAGUAACAUGGCGACUGUCCCGGCGUGGUUUAGUCGAUUUGCGACCAUCGGCGCGUGUAGAUCAAUGAGAGAGGAACGACGACGUUGAGUGACAGUUCUUCUACUGCUCCAAUUUUCGCACCGAGGAUGGCGCCGACUGUUUGCAUAGCCGAGUUCCCUAUGGCCAUGGGAACCACUGUUAGCUCGCGCGUCCGCUACCGACGAGGAUUUCAAAGCGGUAUGAAACGGCGGAGAUUCGCGUUGGAAUCUCAACAGAUGCUGCGAACCGGAACGAUCGCCGAGACGCUCUUACCGCCUCAUGAAAAUUGUGAAUCGCGAAGACUCGACUAUCCGGACACGAUAUCAGACUGUUCUGUCGUGGAUAGAAGCGCGGAAUACGCGACAAACGUUGAUGAGGAUUGCAAUAGACUCGUUGCGGAAAGAAGAAGAGAUCUCUUGAGCAUCGUCGUGCGUACGAUAAUACUCGUACGGCGCAACCGUAUCCUUCAGAGGCGUUUAAACGCGUUGCGGGCGGAAACACGAAGGUUUCUCCGUUCUGUAUUAAAUAAUCCAGAAAGUCAACAACGAAGGUCGCAAAUGCCAUCACAUUUGGAGGACUCGUCAUCUACGGAGAAAAUCGUCUCGACGUUAUCGCCUCUACUUCCUGCCGAUCCAACAAAAAAUUCAUUUCAAAUCACCAGUCGCGGUAAUCGUGACCAUCCCAAUGACGAAUCAAGUUCGUCUGAUAAAUCCGAAGCGAACAGAAGUGAAUGUUGAUUGUUUAAUAUCCGGAUAUUGAUAACUUCUCAACUGGCAUGUAAAUAGGCGGUGAGUCAUUCAGGCAUUCACACCUAUUUUACGUAUGUAGAGAAGAGACAAAGAAGUUUUACUUUAAAUAUAUUUUAAUAUACCUC